AUCCUUAAGCUAGGCCUAGUUUAAGAUAAAAGGGUUUUGGAAAUCUUAAACUUACCUUCACUUAAGGCCAACCAAAAACCGACAGCGUAGUGUUCACUGUUGGGUGGGUGGUACCCCCAAACGAGUAGGUACUCAAGUUUGGUUCUUGGAUCCCGUACGUACGUUUUAACCCUAGCCACCGGGCAUCAUACCCGCAAGGCCUANCUAGUUUAACUAAUUAAACUAUAUUCCAGUAUACAGAGUACUCCUAAUAAUCCUUAAGCUAGGCCUAGUUUAAGAUAAAAGGGUUUUGGAAAUCUUAAACUUACCUUCACUUAAGGCCAACCAAAAACCGACAGCGUAGUGUUCACUGUUGGGUGGGUGGUACCCCCAAACGAGUAGGUACUCAAGUUUGGUUCUUGGAUCCCAUUGCUGAAGAAAUGGGGAGAGGAGGAAAGUUCUUAUAUAGGCAGGGAGAAGAAGAAGCUGCCAUUCAUGCUGAGUCAGUGACAAUUUACGACCGUGGAUUCAGCGGCGAUUUGGGGAAAGGGACGAAAAAAGAGCGGAAGAACAGAGAGACGUUGCACGGCGUCCUUACUUCGCCUGCGACCUGGAGCAGCGAUUCAACAGCUGGGUCCUCAUCUUCCUCAAAUUUCAGAGUAAUCAAGAUCAUAAUGAACCUAGAAUCAAGCCCGGAGGGUGAUGAGGCCGAGGUGAUGUGUGUGGAUGCAUUUGAAGAUUUUGAAUAAUUAAUUAUUAUUUAAAGCACAUAUUAUUUUUAAGGGUUUGAUUUCCAAGUUGUUUGAGAUUUUAUUAAAGGCUUUUGCAAUGUUUUCAAUUACACUAAUGGAUACUACCUCCGUCCCACACAGAAACAGGUGAAAACUGAAAACCUUGACAAGUAGAUUCGUGAAACUGAGUAGUUUAAGAGAGUUACACAUUCGGAUUUAUAUCAGUACACACUAGAACAAACUAAACAGAAUUGU